AUGCCCCACAAACAUGGAUGGCUACGGCCUGUAAAUAAACUCUACCCGCUGGAAAUUUCUGCAAAAAACGACAAGGUUCCGCCCAACAGUCCACAAGCUGAUCAUAAUGUCCGAGAACUCCAGAUGAAUGAAGGCAAUAAGCCGCGUUUGGCAAAGAUCAAAGCGAAGGAAGCGAUCCAGAAGUUAUCAAGGAUCAACGACGACUCUAACGGAUCUCUACCCCCUGUAUUAUGCCUGCACAUCAACGUGGCAGUGGUCAUCAUGAUUGCCGCUCUGUUUCUGGGGCCAUCAGUGAAUGCUUUGCCGAACAUCUCAUGCGAAGGUAACGGACUUCACGUUAAACCACCAAAUGGCACCUUCCAGCUCUGCUUACGGUCAACUUGCUGUAUUUCGCGAAUAGCUUAA